AUGCACCAAACCCAAGCGUAUUUGCCUUACGGGUUUUAUCAACCACAGCAGGCUGCAGCAAAGCAGCAACCUCCCGUUUCGGAGGAUAUGCGUCGUAUGUUUCAAUACCUCGAAGGGCUUUACAAACCUGAGACGCGUGAGAACUCCAUUUUGGAGUUGGCAAAAGAUCGCGAAUCAUAUCAUCAUCUCGGACCUGCGUUGUGGUAUGGCGUGGGGAUCAUGUCAGUUCUAUUGCAGGAAAUAAUUUCUGUCUAUCCCUUGUUAAGUACACCUCAUCUUCUUGCCAAGGGAAUGGCAAAUCGUGUGAGCAGCGUGUUGACUCUUCUGCAAGCUGUUGCUUUCCAUGAAUCCACUCGACGCAUGUUUCUCGAUUCACAAAUGUGUCUCUUCCUCUACCCAUUUCUCCGUGGGAUGAAUGAAGGGACUGAAGGGUUGCGACUCACUUCCCUUGGUGUUAUUGGCGCUCUUGUAAAAACAGAUGAUCAUGAUGUUGUUCAGUACCUUCUCAACACGGAGAUAUUCCCCCUUUGCCUCAACAUCAUGGAGUCUGGAACUGAAUUUUCAAAAACUUUGGCGACAUUUAUCGUGCAGAGGCUCCUUAACUCAGAGGGAGGUUUGAAAUAUGUAUGCCUAACUCCUGAACGGUUCACGGCUGUGGCUACGGUGCUGGGGAAAUUGGUGGAAUCAAAAGAUUGCAGCACACGUCUGUUAAGGUACAUUAUUCGCUGCUACCUCCGUCUUUCUGAGAACCAGAGGGGACGUGAGGCUUUGAGCCGUUGUUUACCACAAGCCCUGCGUAAUGCCACUUACAAACAAGCACUUGAGAGUAAUACGGGACUGGUGAGGAAUUUGCUUCAGUUGUUAGUAAAUAUCGGUGAUGCGGGCGCCACGAAGCUUCACGAGUCGCUUCUCGCAGGUGGGAAGCCACAAGGCGGUGAUGCCAGUGCGUGA